CAUUAGCAGCGUCCGCCGAUGACCAGCAUCUCCGCCUUUUCGAUGUGUCAUCCGCCAUGGCAUCUCCGCCUUCCUGGCUCUUCCUCCUCCCCUUUAAAUCGCCUCGCCGUCCUCCCCGACGCAGAGCUCUGCACCGACGCGCCGCCUGCAACUCCCGUAGGAUGAUCACCGAUCGCAGCGUCUCGUGCACCACCUUCAACAUUCUCGCGCCCAUCUACAAACGCCUCAGCGAGAAGGAUCAGGGUUGCCGGGAGAGCCAGUACAGGAGCUACUGGCUGAGCCGGAACGAGAGCAUCAUCGACCGCCUCUUGGGAGAUCGGUCCUCCAUCAUUUGCCUUCAGGAGGUUUGGUUGGAUAACGAGGAGCUGGUGAAUCUAUACGAAAAGAGGCUUGGAGAUGCAGGGUAUGUCAAUUUCAAGCUUGCUCGGACGAACAAUCGCGGGGAUGGUCUCCUCACUGCUGUGCAUAGUGAAUAUUUUAGGAUUAUAGACUACCAGAAGAUGCUCUUUAAUGAUUUGGGAGAUCGUGUUGCACAGCUACUACGUGUUGAAUCAGUUGUUCCUUUAUGUCAAGGGUGUACUAGUAGCAUAAAUUUACAAAUCAUUAUUGUGAAUACACAUUUAUUAUUUCCACAUGAUGCUAGUCUUUGUAUAGUUCGGUUGCAACAGGUAUACAAAAUACUUCAGUGCAUAGAAACAUAUCAGAAUGACAACAAUCUUAGUUCUAUUCCGAUUGUACUUUCUGGAGAUUGGAAUGGAAGCAAACGAGGCCAUGUCUAUAAGUUUCUUAGGUCACAGGGAUUUGUAUCAUCAUAUGAUAUUGCUCACCACUACACUGACAGUGAUGCAGAUUGCCACAAGUGGGUUAGCCACCGCAAUCACCGAGGGAACAUUUGUGGAGUUGAUUUUAUAUGGCUUUUGAAUCCAAACAAGUUUAGGAAGCCCCUUCGAACCAGCUGGAAAGAAGCAGUCUUUGGCAUUAUUAAGUAUCUUUUGCAUUCAGCUUCUCUUUCAAAAGAAAAUGCCUUUGCUUUCCUUAAAGUGGAUAGUCCUGGCGACUAUAUUCAUUACACCGGGUUUUGUCAAGCUCUCCGUCAGUGGGGUUUAAUUGGCCAACGCGAUGGCCUUUGUCAUGAAGAUGUAAAAUAUUUGUGGGCUCAAGCUGAUAUUGAAGGAGACGGUGUUGUGGAUUUUGAAGAAUUUCAGCGAUGCAUUUGGAGCCCGAGAUGGUCUGAGCAUCCUGACGAGAGCUCAGAAGAAUGGACAGAACUAGGAUCAGGCACAGAGACACGCAUGACCUUUGGUUUCAGCGUAAAGGACGCAGUUCUUUUUCCUCCAGAAGUUGAGAGAGGGAUGUGGCCAGAGAAUUAUUCUCUUUCUGAUCAUGCACCAUUAACCGUAGUGUUUUCACCUGUGAAGUUAUCGUAACUUCCGGCGAAUUACUUGAGCUCAUGGGAGCCAAUUUUACGAGCGCCUAUGACUGCUACGUAGUUUAGCAUUAUGCAAAUAAAGCAUAAGAAAUUUUGAUUUUAUCCUUUUUCCGUCAUGCAAGUCUCUUGUAUUUCUUCGGGUAAUGAUGUCUCUUGAAUAUGCAACUUUUGGCACAUCACAAU